GAACACAUAGCGCCACGUUCCAGUCAAAUGCUUUAGCAAAGGUUGCUGUUAUGAAAAGGAUUUUCUAAUAAGGGGAAUAAUGAUCUUCAGAUUCUGACCUCCUGGCACAGCAGUGAGAUUUAUCAGGAGGGGCAUGUGACUAGUUAAGACACACAGCCCCAGCUUGAAGGAAACAGCUGCUCAUUUCAUGCUUUAGCACUUGGCAGCUGGACAAGGAAGGGUGAUGUUUGUGUUGAAUACCUCUGCAGAACCAAGUACAAUUUUCCUAGAAGCCCAGCUAAGAAUGCAACCAACAAUAAAAUGAAAAAACUGUGCAGCUGAAGAAGAAUUUUUCUACUUGGUGAAAAUGUCUCUUAUUUUUUGACAACAAUUAAAGAACAAUGGGGUCGAACACACUUGGGAAGGCUGCAACAUUGGAUGAGCUUUUGAACGCUUGUAUUGAAAUGUUUGAUGACAGAGGAAAUCAAUGCUCCAGCCAUUUGCCAAGAAUCUUUCUUCUAAUGCACCGCUGGUACCUGCCUUCCACAGAGCUGGCUGUCAAGCUUCUGUCUACAUAUAGAGAUGCCGGUGGGGAGAACUGCAAUGAAUUCAGAUUAAAAAUCUGCUAUUUCAUGAGAUACUGGAUUCUGGAAUUUCCUGCAGAAUUUAACUUGGAUCUUGGGCUGAUUCGUUUGACUGAAGAGUUUCGAGAAUUAGCCAGCCAGCUUGGCUAUGAGGAUCACAUCGAUCUCAUUGAUAUCUCCAGCAUACCUUCCUAUGACUGGAUGAGAAGAGUUACACAAAGGAAGAAGAUUUCUAAGAAAGGAAAAGCCUGCCUGCUGUUUGAUCAUCUGGAGCCCAUUGAGCUAGCUGAACAUCUCACUUUUCUGGAGCAUAAAUCUUUUAGGAGAAUUUCUUUCACAGACUACCAAAGCUAUGUGAUCCACGGCUGCUUGGAGAACAAUCCUACUUUGGAGAGAUCUAUUGCUUUGUUUAACGGUAUCUCCAAGUGGGUCCAGCUCAUGGUUCUCAGCAAGCCAACACCCCUGCAAAGGGCAGAAGUAAUCACAAAGUUUAUCAAUGUUGCCCAGAAGCUCCUUCAUCUCCAGAACUUCAACACGCUGAUGGCAGUUGUGGGAGGUCUUAGCCAUAGCUCUAUUUCUCGCCUGAAAGAGACUCAUUCUCAUCUGUCUUCAGAAGUCACAAAGGACUGGAAUGAAAUGACAGAGCUGGUCUCUUCCAAUGGAAACUACUGCAACUACCGCAAGGCUUUUGCUGACUGUGUUGGCUUCAAAAUUCCUAUUUUAGGAGUUCAUUUGAAAGACUUGAUUGCCGUCCAUGUCAUUUUUCCUGACUGGAUAGAUGAAAAUAAAGUAAACAUAGUGAAAAUGCAGCAGCUUUCCAUCACCUUGAACGAACUGGUUUCCCUGCAAACUGCCUCUCAUCAUUUAGAGCCUAAUAUGGAUUUAAUUAACCUGCUGACACUGUCCCUGGACCUCUAUCACACGGAGGAUGACAUCUACAAGCUCUCACUGGUGCUGGAACCAAGGAACUCCAAAUCUCAGCCUACCUCCCCAACGACCCCAAGCAAACCAGUGGUGCCACUGGAGUGGGCAUCUGGAGUGGUACCUAAGCCUGACCCAACCGUCAUCAACAAGCACAUAAGAAAGUUAGUGGAUUCUGUCUUUAGGAACUAUGAUCAUGACCAUGAUGGCUACAUUUCUCAGGAAGACUUUGAAAGUAUAGCUGCAAACUUUCCCUUUUUGGACUCCUUCUGUGUGCUGGACAAAGACCAAGAUGGACUUAUAAGCAAAGAAGAAAUGAUGGCUUACUUCCUGAGAGCUAAAUCCCAGUUCCAGUGUAAAAUGGGACCUGGGUUUAUUCACAACUUCCAGGAGAUGACCUAUCUUAAACCAACUUUCUGUGAACACUGUGCAGGUUUUCUCUGGGGUAUAAUCAAACAAGGCUACAAAUGCAAAGACUGCGGUGCCAACUGCCACAAGCAGUGCAGGGACCUGCUUGUGCUCGCCUGCAGGAAAUUCUCCCGAGGAACCUCUGUGGGCAGCAACCACGGCUCCUUGCCCAGCAGCCCCUCCCUGCCGCCAGCCCAGGAUGAAGUGUUUGAGUUUCCCAGUGUCGAUGCAGAACACCAGGACCUCGACAGCAGAGCCAUCACUCUCGUCACCGGCUCCUCCCGGAAAAUUUCAGUGCGGCUGCAGAGGGCGACCGCCAGCCAAGCAACGCAGACGGAGCCGCUGUGGCACGAACCGGGCUGGAGCGAUUCAGGGUCCCACACUUUCCCAAAAAUGAAGUCUAAGUUCCACGGCAAAGCUGGAAAGAACAAAGGCUUUGCAAAGUGGGAGAAUGAAAAGCCCAGCGUGCAGGCUGAUGUAGACAUAGAUGCUGAGGCUCCUCAGCACAUCCUGGAGCACAACGGCAUAGAAACGCUUCCUGAAAGACAGGAAUCUGAGGAUAGCUGACUGCUCACCCUGAAACACCGAAAAACAGAGAUGACAACGGUAAUACAGCAAAAGCUGACAGACUGCCAUAUACCACAUUUGGUCAUGGGAAGUUUUCCUGUACCUCAUACUUCUAAAUUCAGCCAUCACCCUGUUUUCCUAGCUGAUAGGUGUUAAAAAAGCACUAUUUAUUUUCGCACAUGAAUAAGCCAUUUGGAUGAACAUUGCACGGACACAGCAGAACAGAUCCCUGCACUCACUGUUUUUUCUUGUAUGACUUUGUGGAAACUUCCCCUACAUGCCAGCGAGGAUAUAUUUGGCGUCCUUUAAAAGUACUGCAUCAUCUCAGUAUGCCUGCCAGCAACAACAACGGCAAGGACAGCAGCCAACCAUCUAUGUUCAUUUGAUAACACCCCUUUUUCAGAGGCUUGUAAAGAUCUCUUAAAGGAAAGAAGUAGGCGUGGAUGUUGAUUAAAUCUCAACAAACAAACAAAAAAGAAAAACCACAACCCCUUUCAAAUAGUCCUCUACACUGAAAUCCCUUGCACACCGGGGAUUUUGAAUUUUGGACACGUUUACAUUGCUACAGUGAGCACACGUCCUGCACAGUGAUACCUGUUACCAGAGGGAGGAUCCUACAAGCACAUGGCUGGGAGUGAAGAAGUUCCAGGACAUCGUGCAGGUGUCCGGUGAUACUGCAAGGGAGAGGUGUCCUCUCUGCCAGCACUGGUCAUGGUAGAAUUAGCAUGUAAUAAAUGUCUUAGUUUUAAGUACA